AUGCCAAGUGAAUAUGCUAUUAUCACAGAGGGCCUAUCAUACAAGUUUCCCAACAAUGACCGAGUGGGAUUGUAUGAUAUCAACAUCCACCUGAAGAAGGGUUCUCGUCUGCUGCUGGUGGGACCGAAUGGGGCUGGAAAAUCUACUUUACUGAAGAUCUUGGCCGGCCAAAAGUUGAUCAAUAUGGGAACGAUUCUGCUUGAUGGUGUGAAUCCUUUUGAGCUAUCCAAGACCCAGGCUGCGAGGGAUGCACACAACCAGUUCGUGGUGACGUACCUUGGAACUGAAUGGGCCAACAACGAGAUCACAAAGAGAGACAUUCCCGUAAUUUUGCUGGUAAAUAGCAUUGGUGGUGAGAUAUAUCCAGAGAGAAGAGAUGAACUGAUUAAUUUGCUAGAUAUCGACAUCACGUGGAGGAUGAACCAGAUCAGCGAUGGAGAACGAAGGAGAGUCCAACUACUCAUGGGGCUUUUGAAGCCCUGGAACCUUUUACUUCUGGAUGAGGUUACUAUUGAUCUGGAUGUAUUGGUCAGAAGCAGACUCAUGGACUUCUUGAGGCUCGAGUGUGAGACCAGAAGUGCUACAGUGGUAUAUGCGACACACAUUUUUGACGGAUUGGGAACCUGGCCAACUGAAAUAGAGCAUCUCAGCGGAGGCGUUCAAAGGAAGCACUAUUCUUUGCAAGAUGUCAAGUUUGUGAACAAGAAGAGCGAAAUCCCCGUUUCGAACUUGGAAGUCGAAAAAACGGAUAGCUUCCAUCCCCUCGCCCUGGAGUGGCUCCACGAGGACCUGGAAGCCAGGGGUGAAAGAACAGACGAUAAGACAAGGCCCAAGUGGUCCGAAGUCUCGGAGAAGGCUCAAUCUACCUAUUUCGACAAGUCAGACCGUGUGACUGACUAUUUCCUAAGAACAAGGAAGAUAUGA